CCCGGUGGUAAUCCUCAGCCGCCUGUCUUCCCUCAGCCAAGUGAUAUCUCUCAGCCACCUGUGUUCCCUCAGCCCAGUGGUAACCCUCAGCCAAGUGAUAUCUCUCAGCCGCCUGUGUUCCCUCAGCCCAGUGGCAAUCUUCAGCCACCUGUAUUCCCUCAGCCAAGUGAUAACCCUCAGCCACCUGUGUUCCCACAGCCAAGUGAUGUCUCUCAGCCGCCUGCUCCAACUCCCGGUAACCAACAAUAUGUAACGACGCCUAAAUGUCCAGAGGAUAACGACAAAGUCUACCCCGCACCGGAUGGUGGCUUCUUCAAACUACAAUGCAGCACCCACGGCUGGUUCGGGACUCUGGUGAAAACUACUGCCAAUACUUAUCAGGAAUGUAUUGAUACAUGCAGUGCAACGGAUGGAUGUCUCGCUAUCAACUGGGAUUCCGACAAUGGUGCUUUGUCUCAAUCUAAGACCUGUGCUUUGAUGACGUCUGACAAGGUUGGAGAUACCUCUUGUGCCAACCAUGACUAUGCGUACGCAGUACCUCCACCUACUAUUCCCCAAACAGCUGAACUAGUGCCUCAAUGCACAACUGAGUGUCCUGGUGCAGACCACCGCCAGUAUACUAGUCGCAACGGAGAAGUCUUCAAGAUGAAUUGUGGCAAGCGACAUGGCGCAGAGUACCUUACUACCCUGGACAGAGGUUCCCUGAAAGAGUGCAUGGAUGCUUGCUCCGAACUGGUUCCCUGCCACAGUGUUGACUACCAUGCCCGCUCAAAGAAGUGUUAUCUCUCUAAUCAUCAGGGCGAGCCAAUCAUCGAUGCUCCGGGAUUCAACAGUGCGUACAGCAUUGGCUGUGCUGGGGCUUGUGAGGACAAGUGCUGUGGUGACAAGAAUGCGUGA